AUGGCUACCAAAUGGAAACGCACCCCUCGGGCUCCUGCCGAGUCUCUUCCAAAGGCUUCCCUUCCGAAGCAAAAGAUACCAAGAGAUGUCGAUGCUGACACUGUACUCAUUUCCUGCGUCGAGAAGCUACGCAAUUUGAAGGCAAAGGACCUUCAUGUCAAGAGCUACUGGCGGGACCUGUUUGCUCUGACCAACACGUUCAGAACUUUCAGUCUGUCCGAACAGAUUAUACCUGCAUGGACAGAGCUUAGCGCCAUCCAUAAGCCGUCGGAAUUCGAGUAUGUGAAAGGCAGCGCUCACUUAGCUCCGCCGGGACCGUCAGCACUCUUCAUCGCUGGCCGCUUCACGUUCAAAAUUGGAGGGAGUCUGCCAGGAGUUGGGUCAGGUUCUAUUGCCGUCGUCGCUGACGGAGAUGAGUGGAAAAUUUGGUUCUUCAAUACCAUUCUCGAGGAGAUUGAUACGUUUGGAAACCCAGACCAGGUUCCCAGAGCCCCUCAAACUUCGACGAACAACGGGGUCACCAAUGGAACCGGCGACAAGCCAGUCGACUGCGUUGUAAUUGGGGCCGGCCAGAGCGGCCUUGGUGUCUUGGGCCGCCUGAAAGCACUCGGUGUCAAGGGUGUAGCACUGGAGAGAAAUGACACGAUUGGAGGGAACUGGACUGGCCGCUACGACAACGUGAAACUACACACGAGCAAGUACUACGCCGCCUUGCCUGGCGAUAAGACAUUUCAUGAUGAUGACUUACCUUACUUGCUCGGGAGCAAAGAGUUGGCUGAAGGAUUUCAGAGGUACGCCAAUGAGUUCGACUUGGAUGUCCGAGUUUCUACGACUGUAGAGUCAGCGAAAUGGAAUGAAGGCGCGAAAGUUUGGACUGUAGAAGCCAAGCAGAAUGGGAGAGAUUGGUCAAUCCAGGGUCGUCAUCUCGUAUUCGCAAUAGGUGCUGUGGGCCAGUUCCCGAAGAUACCGCAGAUUCCGAAUCGAGAAGCUUUCCAGGGAACAGCCAUGCACUCAGUCCAGUACAAGUACCCAACAGCGUGGAAAGGAAAGAAGGGCGUUGUUGUUGGCACCGCCAACACCGCCCAUGACGUCGCAGAGGACAUGGUCGACGCCGAGUUAUCCUCAGUGACACUGGUCCAGCGCAGCCCCACCGCCGUUUUACCUUACAAGUACUUCAAGACGCUUCACCAACCGCGAUACAACAAAGACUCAAACAUAGAAGAAUCUGACCGCGCAGAAUGGGGCAUGCCCGCCCCCAUCCUCGGGGUCGUUUCUUCGACGAUGUUUAAGAAGUUGUAUUCUCAGGACCCGGAGCCAUUUGAUGGGCUAAAUAAAGUGGGCUUCCGUGCCGAACUUCCAAACAUAUUAAAGAUCCACGAACGCUCAGGUGGGCAUUAUUUAGAUGUCGGCUGCUCGCAGAAGAUCAUCGACGGCAAAGUCAAGGUGAAGGGAGGAGAGAUCGAGAGCUUCACUCCGACAGGUCUGAAGUUUACUGAUGGAAGCACUCUUGAUUCGGACCUGAUAGUUUUCGCAACCGGCUUCAACACCAACAUACGAGAGGAGAUGGAGAAGAUUGUGGGCCCGGAAGUUGGGAACCUGCUUGAAGACAAUAAUGGGUGGGACAAAGAGGGCGAAACUCGGGGUGCAUGGAAGCGCCAUGGGCAUCCGGCAAUCUGGCACACAUCCGGGGACCUGGAGUGGAUAUGCAGGUCCCGCAGAAACCCGGCCACUCAUGCUCACCCUAACAUCUCGUACGGUGAAUACUACCUAACCUUUCCGGCAUUCUUCCCCGCUUCGGAAACCUCGUAUUCCAAGCUGCUCCUCACCACCAAUGGUGACUUGAUCCACAGCGCUUUUCUCGUGACCGCAUCGAUUGUAAUCACGAUGACUGUCACAUCGUUGGCGCAAUCUGCUACCUUCUUGGCCACUGUGCUGUUGUCUUCUGUGCAAGCGGCUCCUUCGCCUACGUUGGCGUUCAAGAGUCGCGAAGGUGGGGUUGGUGUCUUGGACAUCACAAUACCGCCGAAUCGCAAAGACGACAGAUAUUAUACUGUCGAUGUAGAGUUUGAAGGCCAGAGCCUGCCAGUUCUUUUGGAUACCGGCUCUGCUGACUUAUUCGUGGCUUCGACACAAUGCCCUACUACAGAUGAAUCAAGCGGUUGCCUUGGGCUGGCUGAACAAUUUAUUAUUGAUAACAACACGCGUAUCGUCACCAAUGAGACUUUUUACACCAUUGUUGGGGAAAGCCCAGUAAGCGGAAACCAAAGCCUCUUGGACGUUGGACUGGGCGGUAUAGUUGCGGACGAUUUUGCCACAGGCCUCAUCUACGCAGCGACGUACUUCAACCAUCGUCCUCCGCUCUUCGACGCCCUUGUCGCUGGUGGCAUCGUGAAGAAGCCCCUGUUCUCUAUUAGUCUUCCGCGCCUCGGUGACCCGGAUUCCAAACCGAUGGGCAAGUUGACGCUUGGCGACAUCGAGCCGGAGUACGCAGGACUCAAUAUCACGUAUAGUGAUAUCAUAAAUAGCACGAAUUAUAACUACGAUGACUUCCCACUACAAGCGCAGGGCUGGGCGAUCGAGUUGCAAGGUCUGCGUGUGAAUGGCAUAGCCGUCAACCUGACCAGGGGUCUCCUCGACGAGGGCGGGCGCUACAUGUCUCUCCUUGACACGGGAGGAUCAGACAUACUCGUCCGGUAUGAUGAGCUUACUGCCAUCGCCAAGCUCUUCAAAGGUCCGGUCAUCUUCGAGAACGAACACGACAUCUACUAUGACUGUUCGAUUCCGCAGCUGCUCGAGCUCAAGUACAACGACCAGUGGUUCCCGGUGGACCCUCUGGACAUUCUCAACCCGAACGACCACGGGAAUGUCAACGGGACAGAGAUGUGUAAGGCUCAGAUCAGCUCUUGGAGCCGCGUGUUCGCCGACUCCAUCAUUGGAGUGCCGUUUUUACGUUCCGCAUUCAGCGUCUUCGAUUACGUGACUCCGAAUCUUUACAGUAUGCAACCACGCGUGGGACUCGCGCCGUUGGUUGACGGGCAGGCGGCUGUGACAAGGUAUCCCCAGUUGUACAAGAACCGCCUCCUCUAG